ACCAUCUACCGUCAACCUCACUCGAGACAACAACUCCACAACUCCAACCACCAUGGUGAUGAGCCAGUCACCGAUGACCUCGAGUAUUGCAGGCAUCAGCAUCACUCAGGAUGAACAUGGCAUCAACACUGGACGGCUGAUCGGGAAAACCUUGACUUUCCCCAGCGGCGCUGUUUGGCGGUUGACCAAGGCUUUGACGCCAAAGAUAUACCAGCAAAGUGAACCGCCAUUUGAGGCUCGACAGGUAUUCGAAUGCGUCUGCGUCUGCGAUCCACAAAAUCUGUAUGAAGAGAUGAAGGAUGCAAUCAUCAAGAUCAAGUACCAGAUCAAAGGAACACGUCAGAUACUUUUUCUCUACUCGCAGAAUCUCGAUGAUUGCCGUCAGGCACUCGCCGAAGAAGAGUCCCAGGAUGAACGCGAACGCAGGCUAGAAGAGUUCGAGUAUGCACGAGACCUGGUCUAUCAAGCUGAAAAUCCAGUCGAAGUACCACAUCGCUACACUGAAAGCGAAUUGAUUGCACUCCGGCAUCUUCGCGACCUAGACUGUGCGUACACACCGCAUUACUUGGAGGCCGGUGCGUUCCGUCUCACCCCAGAGGUCGACGAGGAGAGAAUCAUCAUGGCAGGGGGAUACAUGAUAGGAAUUUUGAUGACCAAGGUUCCUGGCCAGAAAAUCAGCUACGACGACUUCUGGUACGACAAAGUCAAGGAAGAGAGGGACGAAAUCAGGGCAGCCUUCAAAACUGCGCUUCUAGAACUCUGGAAAUGUCAGAUCUACCCCCGAGACUGUGCUCUACGUAACAUCAUGUGGGACGAAUAUGGACGAAAAUGUUACAUCGUUGACUUCGAGGACUGGGACAAGAUGACUCGCUCAGACGUCGAAGCGAUGUGGGACUCAUAUCCUCGUUGGAGAAGCUGGCAGCUCUCGGAAGAUCGAGGACCCAGUCAGUGGGCCUGAACAUCAAUGGUCGAUGUUGAGCCGGAGGAUACCUACAAGAGCGUCUCUACAGUCGUGAUUGGAACGUCGCAUGAAGCAUAGGUGUAGAGCAUUCAGCUUCUUUGGGGUCUUUUGCCUUGUUUUAGAGUAACAGUGUACCGUUCAAUAGAGCAGAC